AUGGCCUCCACGCAAGCCACCACGACCACCACAGAUGCGGUACCACCGUUGACGCGCGGUACUUCGUCCGACUCUUCUGCAGCAUCCUCGGCGGACACCGAUCUGGCCAGCAGCAUACUGGGAGACGGAUACAUGCUGGAAUCACAAGAUGGAGUGUUGACCGUGCCGUUCCGAUACCAGGAGAAUGCCGACUUGCUUUGCCCAUUCCAGAUACUCGACUGCGAUCGGGUGUUCGCCGACAUUGUCCACUUUAAGAUGCAUGUCUUUUCACAUUUUCGAGGCCACGAGCUGCCGACCACGGCCACCUGUUUCCUAUGUGACACCAAAUAUGUCAACCGCCCCGAAGACGAUCCUGCUUUCGCUUGGAACACCAUGCUGUCGCAUAUGGUGCAUGAUCAUUUCCGAAAAGGUCAACAGCUCGCCACGGUAAGGACAGAUUUUGGCCUCAUGAAGUGGAUGCAUGCCCGGCGGAUCAUUACCGAUGCUCAAUUCAAAAGGACACAGUUACUCCCGGCUCAGACCGUGCUCGCUGCACGCGCCAACAGAAGAAGACCAGCGAUGAUCGCCACAGAAUUGCCGCGAGCACCUUCAGCGUCCCCACCAGCUAGCGUGCGUGCACACCGGGCACAAUCCUUUCAAAAUCAGAACGAGCCGUACACAAUGAGUGCGGGACGAAGGCAAGAUAGACGUCGUCUUGAUGCCACUCGGACUCUGAUCCGAGCCCACAGUUAUCUUUGA